AACAAUUCAAUUAAAACAUCGAAAUACAACUUCUUCACUUUCCUGCCUCUCAACCUGUUUGAACAGUUUCAGCGAAUAGCCAAUGCUUACUUUCUUUUCUUGCUGAUUUUGCAGCUGAUUCCUCAGAUUUCCUCGCUGGCCUGGUUUACAACGGUGGUGCCCCUAGUGCUGGUGCUGGCUGUAUCGGGAGUCAAGGAUGCCAUCGAUGAUUUUAAUCGACACAAAAGCGACAAACACGUCAACAACCGCCCAGUCCAGGUCCUGAUCAAUGGCAUGUUAAAGGAUGAAAAAUGGAUGAAUGUCCAAGUGGGGGAUAUAAUAAAACUAGAAAACAACAACUUUGUGACGGCUGACCUACUGUUACUGUCGAGCAGUGAGCCGCACAGCCUGACAUACAUCGAGACAGCUGAACUGGACGGUGAAACAAACCUGAAGGUGAAGCAGGCGCUGACAGUCACUGCAGAGCUUGGAGAAGACCUUCAGAAACUGACAGAGUUCAAUGGUGAAGUCAAAUGUGAGGCACCAAAUAACAAACUGGAUAGGUUCACAGGAACUCUUACUCUUCGAGGAGAGAAGUAUGCCCUGGACAAUGAGAAGAUGUUGCUGAGGGGCUGUACUAUUAGGAACACAGAAUGGUGCUUUGGUCUCGUUAUUUAUGCCGGGCCAGACACCAAACUAAUGCAGAACAGUGGAAAAACAACCUUUAAACGGACAAGCAUUGAUCGACUCAUGAAUGUCCUUGUGUUGGUG